AUGGCUGCGACAAGGAAAUUACAAGGUGAAAUAGACAGGUGUUUAAAAAAGGUAACAGAGGGUGUGGAGACAUUCGAUGACAUCUGGCAGAAAGUACACAAUGCGACGAACAGUAACCAAAAAGAGAAGUAUGAGGCAGACCUCAAGAAGGAGAUCAAAAAGCUUCAGAGGCUACGGGAUCAGAUCAAGUCGUGGAUCGCCUCCGGGGAGAUUAAGGAUAAGAGUACACUUUUAGAAUAUAGGAAACUAAUAGAAACACAAAUGGAAAGGUUUAAAGUUGUUGAGCGGGAGACGAAAACGAAGGCAUACUCGAAAGAGGGGCUGGGCGCCGCGCAAAAACUAGACCCUGCGCAAAAGGAACGCGAGGAGAUGUCCUCGUGGCUCAUCUCGUCUAUCGACGCACUUAAUUUACAAGUUGAUCAAUUUGAGUCUGAAAUAGAAUCGCUUCUAGUUGGUAAGAAGAAACGAUUGGACAAGGAGAAACAGGAUCGUAUGGAGGAGCUCAAAUGUAAGCUAGAGAAGCAUAGGUUCCACAUAAAAAAGCUAGAGACAUUGCUAAGAAUGCUUGACAACAUGUCCGUAGAAGUUGAACAGAUUAAAAGAAUAAAAGACGACGUGGAAUAUUAUAUAGACUCAUCACUGGAGCCGGGCUUCGAGGAGAACGAGUACAUAUAUGACGAUAUCCGCGGGCUAGACGAGAUCGAACUCAGCGGUGUCGGACUCCCGUCGUCAGCGACGACAGAUAGCAAUAAUAGCAAUGAUUCCGCGGGAUCACCUUCUAGUAUGCUCUCAGGUACAAGUCCAGUGACGUCACCGACAUUAGAGGUACACAAUCACUCGACAGACUCUAUAGACGUUGAAAAGAAAAAACGGGAAAAAGACGAAAUCAUAGCAAAACCGGUUAAACCUCUGCCGCUGCGCGCGGUGAACGCGAGUGCGGUCAGUAUCAGCACGUGUAACGUUAGUUCCUUGCUCAAUAACUCCGCAGCAUCCACCAAUAGUAUAAACAACACGGGAGUGUCGGGCGCAUCGACACCGAACAAACAGCCGCCGCCGCCUAGUCCGCCACACCACCAUGUCAGACAACCUAACAACAUCGCCAACACUAUGACAUGGCUCGCCGCUCAGUCGCUAGGCUGUAUUCGACGAUAUCUGUGCCUAACUUUAGAAUUAUUUAAGGAAAAAAACUUGAUAAACAAUGGUUUCGCGCGGCAAUGUAGGAUAAACAUGGACGAUGAAGUAGUGGAGAAUGGUCCGGUGUCGACAACCCCCGCGCACACAGCAACGCAUCUACCGCCCGCGCCAACGCUACCACCUCCAACGUCAAAAAGUUCGUCGGUCCCACUCGGAUCUUCAACGAGUGCGAGUGAAACGGCGCCGUCGCCGCUCACCGUCAACGGUCCGAGCCAACCCCCGCCGCAUCACACACCACAACAUGUCGCCAACAACGGGCGAGUGAGCGAGUCGUCGAGCACGGCCACGCUCAGCGCGAGCAGCGCCGGCAGCGCGGGGCCGGGCGCGGGCACCGCCUCGCUCAAGAGCAUGGCGCAGGAAGCCGUGCAGCGAGCGGGACUCGACACCCUGCACCCACAGAACUUAAGACGAGGGGCAGCACUAGCGCAAGCGCACAUUCCUCCAUUAUUAGGCGUCGCGCCGCUAGGUCCUUUACCACUUAAUUCGGAGCACCAGCUACAAUUCCAAAUGCUGGAGUCUUCGUUCUACCACAUGCCACACCCGUCCGAUUCAGAAAGAACGAGGGUAUACCUACCGAGAAAUAUAUGCCAGACGCCUAUUUAUUAUAAUCAGGUGUUGUUACCCCACUCAGACUCAGUAGAGUUCUUCCAGAGGUUAUCGACGGAGACGCUGUUCUUCGUGUUCUACUACAUGGAAGGGACGAAAGCGCAGUACCUAGCCGCCAAAGCGCUUAAGAAACAAAGCUGGCGGUUCCACACCAAGUACAUGAUGUGGUUUCAGAGGCAUGAAGAGCCCAAAGUUAUCAACGAAGAGUAUGAACAGGGCACAUAUAUUUACUUCGACUACGAGAAGUGGGGUCAGCGCAAAAAGGAAGGCUUCACUUUCGAGUAUAAGUACUUAGAGGACCGUGACUUGAACUGA